CUGCGUACAUAUGCACUGUAUACUCCGUUCACUCCUUGUACGGAAAAAAUAUUUUUUCCCCGUUGAAUUACGGAAGAAAAUACAGUACUCUUGAAAAAAAAAAAGAGAAAAGAAAAGAAAAGGAAUACACGAAUGGCUGCGCAUAACGGCACUGUAACAAACUUAACUAACUGACUGAUGAUUUUUAAUUAAUUAGAAUAAUAAUAAUUAAACUAAAGUGCCAUGCACUCUCACUAUAUAUAGCCCUCCGAUCCAUUUAUCACCAACACAAUUCGCUAUUCUACUAAGUUCUACCCGCCUAAAAGAUCCCGUCUCUUGUUUUCACUGCGUUGAUCGAUCAGCCCCGCCGCCAUGUCCACCUCAUCCUCCCUCUCCCUCCCUGCCGCCGCUUCUUCUCCUUCCCCACCGGCCGCCGCUGCAGCUUCCUCUCCGGCGAAAGAGUCGCGUGCCUCUUCGCCAUCACCACCCGCCGCCGCGGCCAUCAAGGAAGCUUCCUCCCCGACCAAGGAUUCGCCACCUUCAUCCCCUUCACCAACCGCCAAGCCAGCUUCUUUGCCUUCACCAGCCGAAACCGCUGCCUCCACAGCUGCCGCCAAGGAAGUUUCGAAGGAGCCGCCUGCACCACCCGCCGCAGCCACCUCCUCCAGCGCUUCUUCUCCGCCGGCGCCGCCCAAGGCUGCUGUUGCUCCCAGUGGCGGACCUAGGAUUGUUGGAGAGGUGUGUCGCCGCUAACAUAGAAUAAUAAUUAAAUAAAAAAAUUAAGUAGAAAUUAAAAUAAAUUAAUUUAUGAAGUUCACAAUGUCAUUUUACAACGAAUCACGACGACUUUUCAUCUGCUAAAAUGUCUCUAAAAUACAUUCAUCACUUAUACUGCAAAGCAAAUGUUUUUCAAUAUACACAACUUAAUCAU